CAAAUUGUUUUUCAUCUAGGUAACGUCGGUAAAAAAAAAAAUAUAUUGUGUGGUCUCAUAUUUUUUAUCUGUUUCCUCGAAUGGUUAGAUUAUUAUUAUUAUUUUUUAACUAAACAUGUUUGGUCAUAUACCUGAAAGUGUAAGUUUAAUGGUUAUUCACGUACUCUUGUCAAUCACAGUAUUCACUCAGGUUGGUUUUAGGGGCUCGGGGGACCGGGGCUUGGGGAUGGGAUCCCCGGAGGCGCCGUCGGGCGGCGGAGACGACGUCCAGCUUCCCCCGCCGGACGAGGGCCCGGUGCUGGUGGACUCGGACAGCGAGGAGGAGGAAGAGGAGGCCCUGGAGGAGAACGGCGGCUACAUCCUGCUCACCCAGAGCGCCGUGGAUCUCCACUCGAGCAUCAUCGAUGACGGCGGAGACAGCAGCAGUGACGGCAGUGGCAGUGAAGAAUAUCUGGAUGCGGAAUGCGAGUUCUUUCCCGAGGUUGAACCGGAACAUGAGAUAUCUCGCAGUGUAACGCAGGACAAUAUGAGCAGCAGUGUUGUUGCAAGCAGUGCAGAAUCUGCAUCAAAUCACUCCAAGACGAGCUUCGACGCGGGGACCGGCGCGGAGCUCCGGGAGCUGUGGUCCGGCGCGGCAACGCGGGCGGACUUCGAGCUGGGCGCGGACAAGAUCCAGGCCGUGCGGGAGGCGAUGUCGCGCGUCGCGCUGCCCCCGUCCUCCGUGCCAGGCUGGGCGGCCGCCGUGCCGGAGGAGCAGUGGCGCCAGCAGAUCAUGGAUCGUGUGCGCGAGCUCCGGGCGGCCAAGUAGCAGCCCCCCCCCCCCCCCCCAUCCUAACCUUUUAUACCUCGUCCGUUGAAGCCCUGGAAAGUCAGGGAAGUUGUUGCAGUUAGUCAGAUAACAUCAGGGUAUUUCACUUUUAAAACCUGGAAAAAGUGUCAUGAAAAUUCCUCGGUGCCCCCCCUUCUCGGGUGUCCCCACCUCCCCCACCCCCCCAAACUUUCCUUUUUUACCUCGUCCGUUGAAGCCCUGGAAAGUGUCAGGGAAGUUGUUGCAGUUGGUCAGAUAACACCAGGGAAUUUCACUUUUUAAAACCCUGGAAAAAAGUCACUGGAAAUUCCCUCGGUGAUGAUAGCAAUCUGAGGGAGAAACGUCACGCUCCGGUUGUGCCUGUCGCCCGGACUCUGUGAACGCAAUUUUUUUUUUUUUUUCCAGAUGGUGUUUUUAGUGCGUGGUCUCGCGCACUGUGAAAUUGCUGAAUGCGAGAUUCUGUUUUGACUACGUGUUACAGCUGUAGGGAUGGUGGAGUUUUGGAUUGUUUUUAAUUAUAUUUCAGAAAAUUGCAGAGUAGGUAAAUAAUUUUUGAGGAUUUGUUAGGGAAAUUAGUAAUUCUUUUCUCACAGAAAGUCAGGUAAAUUUUUUUUUACAGAUUUUUGUGGACACACUGCCACAGAAUGGUCUAAAGGAAUUAAAAUGCUUUUUGUGCAGAGACAGUUGGCGUUGUUGACAUUACAACAUCUCUUAUCAGUAUCAGUUUAUAUAAAGCCAGAUUAUAGAGAGUGGAUGGGGUAAAGCCGAGAUAUAACUGUGACAUAGCAGAAUGAAGGCCAGGGCAGGGCCAAAAUAAAUAUUCUAAUACAAUUUUAGUACAUUUAGAAUUGAAAUAUUUAGUACUUUUUUUUUGUGGUUCAAAAAGUCUUAUCUAUAAAACUGCAGUAAAAAUAACACUUUAGUAAGUUUGGUAAACUAUGACAAGGAAAUAGAAGAAAAUCUGAAAAUUAUUCAGGGUUAAGGGGGCCCAUGACACUACGCCCUCCCACCCUUUCACCCACCUUCUCUGUAUCCGCCAGUGGUCGUAGCAAAACCAUUUGUUUUUUUGUCCCCCCCCCCCCCCCCCAUAAGAAAGAAAAGAAAGAAUCAAGUGUAUGUUACGACGGCCAUGUGGGGAAGAGAAAAUCAUCCGAUCGUUGCCUGGCAGUGAUUAGAUCUGAUCGGCUUCACUUGCUAGCACCCACUCCACUCCAUCUGUAUUUCUCAGGCUCAAUGCUACAGAUGUUUGACAUUCCAUUAAAAUUAAAAUGUGUGCUGUAUCUCAAAGCCAUUUUUGUUUUAAGUCCUCGGUCUCACAUGCCGAGAUGGUUACACCCGCCCCUCGAAGUAACGGCCUAAUUUGUUCCCAGGAAAUCAAGAGCAUUAAUCAAAACAUUACUAAUCAAAUAUUUUUUUUCCCUAUAAGUGUGUAUGUUAAAUCAGAAUUAUUUGUUUUCCAAUCAAUGUAAGUGUGCUUGAGGACAAACAUUUUAAUAAUAGACUACUCCCAUUAAAAUCAAUUUACAGUACAUACUAAUAUAUGUCUUAAAUACAUUUGAAGUGCAACCUGUUAACGUAAUUCCCGACUCAGUUGUGUACUAAAUGUGUGUGUGUGUGUGUGUGUGCAUGCGCAAUGCUUUUCCACCAGCGCAUCCUAGUAGGCGUGAGGUAAACUAGCUCUACUCUCCAGAGAAGCGGCUGAUAUACGGGAUGGUGUAAGGUAAACGUUGGCUGAACACUCCUGCCUUUGUCGAAGAUAAAUAAGCAAUGAAGGAAGCUAAAAACUAUUGAGGAAAGAGCAAAAUAUUUUUUAUUGAUAUGUUACAUUAUUAAUUUGUUGCAUUGUAUACAAUUCUCCACAAGUGCUGUUGCCAUCGUGCAGGAACGGAAAUAAAUAUUCUCUUAAAUGAAAAAAAAAAAAACCUACUCUGAAUCUGUGUCUGCGCUACUUAUAUUCAUGCCGUAAUUUAUGGGCGUGAUUACUUCAAAACUGCUUAAAUCGAACGGCAUCACUUUGAUGGGUGGGUGUAUUUCAUUUUCUUGUCAUUUAUAUUAACUAAAAGAUUUACCUUAAAAGCAUUACAAUUGCUAGUGUGUGCACUCAAUAGCUACUAAAAGUUAUUUGUGGGAUGUGAAAGGCCAAAAGACAACAUAGAGAUUAUCCCUUUCUUGGUUCUUGGGAGAUGUUAGUAGAGACAAGAUUUUAUGGCUAAUUUUGUUUCUGAACAGAUUUCAGUGUUAAUGUUUUUAAUUCCUUAUGAAAUAAUUUUAUUCAUAUCUUUAACGAAUAUGAGAGUAAAAUGUUUCAUGAUAUGUAUUUCACCCAAAAGGUGUCAUUUUAACUGAUACAGAAUCUACAAGAAUCAUACCCAAGACAGAGAACAAAUUGAAACAAUAGAAGUUAUUGUAUUAAUAUUUCUGCGUUUGAAAACUUUACCAACAUCGUACGUAAUGUAAAAUUUAGUUACUAAUAACUAGGAAUGAAAUUUUAUGGUUUAAUUUUUGAAACAAUUUUAUUUCUAAAACAGGAUAUUUCUGUGUUACAGAUAUCUUUCUUUUUAUAUAUUGUCUUUAAUCAUUAAAAAAAAAAACAGUUCAACAAAUAUGAAACAAAAAUAUUUCUUAAUACUUAUUUUAAAAAAAUGGUCUUAAUUUUAUUGACAUGUGAUGCAUUUAUACUUUUAUACAGUAAAUUCAUUAAUAAUGAGAAUGGCUAGAACAGAACUACUCAGAAAAUUAAAAUAAAAAUGCAAUAUUUUGUGUGUUUGAAACAUGUGCCAUAAUGUAAAAAUGUGUUACUAAUGUAAGAAAUGUGAGAUCAAACAAUGUAUUAAUUUUUUUCCCCAAUCAAUUUAGGUCAUAUUCCGCUACAAAAUUCAUGGUAAUUAAAUUACAUUUAAUGAACUUAUCAUGAUAAAAGAUUAAAUUUUUGUAAUUUGUGUUAAAUUUUUCAUUACAUUUCUGUGCUAAAUGGUGUGUUAAACUUGCGUUUCAUGUUGUAUGUUUUAUUGAAGUGCUUUUGCUGUUUGGUUUUAUCGCUAAUCAUAAUCACCAUGUAUACCUACGUCCCUACUGAUAACAGUUGCAAGAUCAAAAGUAAAAUUUAUUUCCCAAUCUGUUUACUACAGACACUUUAGUACAAACUUAAUGCUGAAUUAAUUAUUCAUUGUAUUACAUAUAUUAAAAGAUAAGUUUUUGUGACUUGAGUUAAGUAUUGAUUUAAAAUAUGCUUAUUAAUUUCAUUAUUUAAAUUGAAUUUUUUGUGCUUUUGGAUGGUUUAUUAUCUUGUAUGUCAGUGUUAUAUGUUGUACUGGCAUGCGUUUCGGUGUUAUUCAAGUUUUUAUCCAGUUCACCCUAGGCAGGGCCGCAACUAGGGGGGGGGGGGGGGGGCGCAUGUGGGGCAUAUGCCCGAGGCGCAAAGCUGUGGGGGCGCCGAAAUCGCUUGCAUUGUAAUUCCUACUACAACUGGUAACUGGCAAAAAGUUUUUUUAACUUGCAUGCCAGGAAUGUCUAAUCUGAUUUACAAUACGUCUCAACGUAUUUAAUGAACAAGUCUAGUGAUUAUACGGACUACUUUAUGGACAUAGUGGGUUAAUGCAUGGAAGUUACAGUAGCACAGAAACUGUUACAUGUAGGUAUGGAAAAUGCUUAAAUAGCGCCAUUUUUCCGUGGGAGGGCCCCCGGACCCCCCGCUUUAUUGGUUUGAUAUGUGCAAAAAAAAGAGGGGGGGGGGGGGGGCGCAUGAAUCCAUUCAUGCCCCGGGUGCCAGAGACUCUAGUUGCGGCCCUGACCCUAGGAAUUAGAUAGCAUUAAGGAAAUACCCAUUGAGAACAUUUGAGACAAAAUAAAAUCCAAAAGAAAUAAAUUGACAGGAAAAGUUUUUAAGUAGUAUUAAUGACAAGGAAAUGAAAUAAUCAACAUACUGUGUGGAACAGAGUCUUAAUAACUUAAACAAACCUCAUUUGUGUUGGAGUACUAUUUGUAAACAAAUGAACAUGUCAUCAUUAUUAAUAUUGGGUGAUGUUAGGAAUUGAAUUGGAAAAUCAUACGUCAAUGUUGCAUUAAUUGCCAGAAGAUAAGAAUAUGUUUAUAUCUAUAGUUUUUAGGCUGUGGCACUCACUGAAAUUUUUUUGUGAUUUUUUUUUUUUUACUAUUCUCAUAGCUUGUUUUCUUUUGAGUUUUUUUAUCUAAGUAUGUUCAGAGCUCAACAGUGUAAAUUUUUCUUUUUUUUUUUUAGUAUUAAAUGCUUGUUUUUUUAAAUGUCAGGUUUUACUACAGUGUUGAGUUCAUGUGCAUAUCUUAUGUAAUUUUUAGAAUGUUUCGCUGUCUUCGGAAGUGCAUUGUAAUAGAGAAUAAAUAUUGCAGUUUCUUUUUAAGAA